AAAACAGUUUCCUAAAAUGGGCGAUAUGUCCAUUUCAGCUUUGGCCGCUCCUCCGGCUCUCCAUUUCCGUGGCUGGUAUUAAGAUAUUAGGGCUGCAAAGCUCAGCCAAUUAAUAUGUUCUGGCCACUUAAGACAUCUUUGGGAGUCAACCGCGGCGGCUUCGUACACUGCUUCAGCUUCCCAUGAGGCUGGAAGCUGGCUGGUCGCUGGGGGAAACGAGAGGGGGAACUGUGUAAGAACUCGCCUUGCAACGAGUCGGUCUCUUGACCCACCUUUAGGCGGGGGACUCUCUUCGCACCCCCUCCCCUUGGAGAUGUCGGGGAUUAAAUCGGGAGCCACGUGCACGUAAAGCAUGCGCUGGAUCCCCGAUCUACGGCCCUUCCUUGCUCUGAUCUAACAGACAAGCAGAGUGCUGAGGGGCAGAGACUGUGUGACUGCAGCUGUCCCGCUGUUUGCCCGCUGCACUUCGGCGGGGUCCGGACACAGUGGCUGGCUGGCUGGCCCCCUUCCUUCCCACGCACCCAAGCUUUGCCUAGACAGCGUGAAGCUCCUGUUCAGUUCCUCCUCUUCCUCCAGCUCCCGUCUACCUUUCCUUCAUUUGCUGGGCAUGGGUUUCAUUGUGGCUGUAACCUGCGUGGCUUCCCGAUUUAGGGGUUCACCUGGAAUGGCCAGCUGGAGAGGAGCCCUGACUUGUCUCCUUCCCGGUUUGUUGGAAAAAACCGGGGGCCCCCGGGGGCGCUUCUUCCUGCCUCAAAACCGCGGGGCCGUCACCUUAAUGAUUACCAUCGUCACCAUCAUGGCCGUGACCACAGUAAAUGGGCGGAGAGAGCGCUUCGAGUGCGGUUAUCUGCCGACUCAGAUCUCGGCAAUUCUUACAACAAUCCUGUAAGGCAGGCCAGUUAUGGGGGAAGGGCUGAGCCACGCCAGCCUGCCGCCCGGCCAGAGCACCACGUGAGGCGGCCUGGCGGACUAGAACUCGGGAGAUGCAGGGCCGUGACGUAAUGUGCUACGGUGGGGGGAACAGGGGCGUUCGUCGCUAUAGUGAUGCUGCCGUUGCGGAGCCAGAGCGGCUUCCUUGGCGGGUGUUAUGGCAACCGCAGGAGUCUGUAGCGUCAUCGUUGUGCGCAUCGCGCGCGCCGUCAACGUCAUGGCUUGCGGCAGUUCCGGCGCGCCGUGCGAGGAGGAGGAAGCGGCGCCGAAGGAGGGCGGGGUCAGGCCGGGCGGGGGUAGCUGAAGAGGCCGCGGGUAGCGGGAUGGAGCUCAGCCGAGGAGGAGGAGGAGGGUGAGGGUGAGCGAGCGACAAAGGUCCCCGGGCGCCGGGCUGUCCCUCGGCCAAGCGGUGAGCCCCACCCCGAAGGCGGAGGAGGCCAGGCCCAGGACCGGGCGGCUUCCUAACGAGCGCCAUGAGAGCGGCCCAGGAGCGGAGCCAGGAGUGCCUCCCGCCCAAGAAGCGAGACCUGCCCGUGGCUGCCAGCGGCGAAGAGACGGGUCGGGCGGCUGAGGAAGGCCCGGCGGGCGGCAGCGAGGCCUCUGCGGAGUGGGCGCGGGGGGCGGCGGCAGGCAGACAGAACCAGGCGCCUUCCCGUUACGGCGAGGCCGGUGACGGCUCCGAGGCGGUGGCGGGCCUGACGGUGGACCAGUAUGGCUUGUUGUACAAAGUGGCGGUGCCUCCGGCCACCUUCUCGCCGGUGGUGAACGUGAGCCCGCUCCCUCCGGCCUUCGGCAUGACCUCUCAGCUCAUCCAGCACCCUGGCAUCCCCUACUCGCCCGUCCAUUACACUCAGCUUCCUCCGACGCCCUUGCAGUUUGUGGGAUCCCACUACUCUGUACCUUAUGCUGUGCCUCCUGGCUUCCUGCCCAGCCACCUCCUGCCCUCUUCAGCCAGCCUUGCGGCCUCUCACAUCCCCCACUUUGUGCCCUAUGCGCCUCUCCUGGCUGAAGACUCCUCGCCUUCUGCACAGGCAGCCCACAACUUUGGCAAGACCACCACAGCCUCGGUGUUGUCUUCGGGCCCUCUGCAGCCCCAAGUUGGAGGGCAGCCACCCCCGGAGGUUACGCAGGGCCGGCUUCCAGUCUAUUACCAGAUGUCCCGCCUGCCAGCAGGCUAUUCAUCCUUUGAGGCUCCGGCUGUGGCUGCUGCUGGGUCCAACCCUAAGCAACCUCUACAGGAGAGUCAGAUAGAUCCUGAAGUAGUCUCAGCAAACGGUGUGCAGAGAUCUGCUGUGGGGGCAAAGGAAAGCGAGAUUGAAGGGCGAUGGCCAGGGAGUGCGGGUGCAGAGUGCAGCAUGGAAGGCCCCUUCUUAACGAGCGGUCAGGUUGUGAGAACAGAGGUCUCUGUGCCAUCUCAGCGGAGUACCCCAGACACGGACCUGGAGGUGCAGCGGGUGGUGGGCGUGCUUGCUUCUCAGAACUGCCCUGUUCCUUCUGCUCAGCAGAAGGAUGACUUGAGCCCCCUAAACCUCUCACAUCAUAAUCCCCCUGAGCAGAAGGCGGACUUAGCAAGGAAUCCAGUGGAAGUUGCUCCUGAGAAAAGCCACGCAUGGAGACUGUCAGCAAAGUCCCCUGAGGAGCAGCCCCGCCACAGACCAGUCCUCAAAGGCCUGACAGUGGCCAAUGGCAGGCCAGUCCUGGGGUCCCUCCAGCUUGGGGCUCAGGAUGGCCUGGAGAGUAUGAGCUCUAAGGGGCCGUCUCAGACUGACUGUGCCCACCCCCAGAGCCACCUGCCCUCCCACUUCAUGAAAGGUGCCAUCAUCCAGCUGGCCACAGGGGAGCUGAAGAGGGUGGAGGACCUGCAGACCCAGGACUUUGUGCGCAGCGCAGAGGUGAGUGGUGGCCUCAAGAUUGACUCCAGUACUGUUGUGGACAUCCAGGAGAGCCCAUGGCAGGGUUUUGUGACACUGCAUUUUGUGGUGGGGGAGCAGCAGAGCAAAGUGAGCAUUGAUGUGCCCCCUGAGCACCCUUUCUUUGUGUAUGGACAGGGCUGGUCCUCCUGCAGCCCAGAGAGGACAGCUCGGCUCUUUUCACUCCCCUGCCACAGGUUGCAGGUGGGCGACGUUUGUAUCUCCAUCAGCUUACAGAGUCUGAAUGGGAGGCUUGUGCUCCAAGCCGUCCCGCAAGGCAGUACCCGGGAGAGGCCUGGGCGAGGUGGACAGAGCCUCCAGGAGCUGCAUAGAAGCCCCUUUGAGAAGGGUGGGGCAGGAGUGGGCUCCCCCCAGGAAUCAUCCCAUCUUGGCCCCAUUUCUCUGCAUGGCUGGGCAGGUCCUGGUUUCCAAAGGUUUGGGGAGGAGCCCCGGCCACCCCUUCUCCGCCCCUCAUUCAUUCCCCAGGAGGUCAAAUUGUCCAUUGAGGGCCGUUCAAAUGCAGGGAAGUGAAGCCCCAAUGGUGGGUGAACUGUGUGCCAUGCUGAACCAGACUCCUAGUUUGGCCACUGCGCAGAUCCUCUUGGUGUCCAAGAGACACCCAGCCCUUCCCCCAGCUGUGUGCCUAAAAUCAUUCCACUGACAGAGGCUCCUUCCUCCACCUCCGUUAGGGAAGGUCAGAGCCUGGGCAGGGUGGGGUCAGCCAAGGGCAGACACUGAAGGGAGCCAUUACUGCUGUUCUUCUGUGAGGAGCGAGGACCAGGCCUCCCUGUUCGUGCGAGCACUUUAUUGGACUGUGGCUCUCUCAUGGUAGGAGGGGGCUUUCAACAGGAAAGUCUGCAGGGGAGGAAGCAAUUUGGCCAGGUCCCUCCUGCUGAGGCCCCAAGCUCAGCCGUUUCGCUCUGGGCAUCCCAGCAGCCCCUUUCUAGGCACCGAGUCAAGGGAGCCUGGACUUCUCAAGAAAUGUCUGUAUGCAAUUUCCUCACAUGUGUUAUAUUGAAAGGAAAUGGUUAAUAGUUGUUAAACUGCAAACCUGCAAGUGUGUUACCUCCUGGCUCUGUAGCCAGGGAGGACUAAGAUCCAGUAUGUGGGAAGACUGCAAGUCUGCAUGUAGGGCAGCUCAGGCUUCUUCAGCAGUCUCCAUCCUCCUGGAAUUCUCUGACUGCUUCUUCUAGAAAGGCUGUGUGCACUUCUGUUGUGGUUGCUUGUGCUAUCGGAAAUGCUCACAGCUAAGCCAGGUCUGAAUGUUCAGGGGUAAAUGCCCUGGUGUGCUGGGGAUGCCUCAUGUUACAGGCAGCUCCUCUGAAAAGCACAAAGCAGUUUGUGUAUAUGGGGUGGCUAAUGUACACGUGCUCGCCCCUGCUUUUCCUUGGUCUGCUUAGGGUAAAGCAUUUCCUGGUGAGAGUUUGGGGGUGUUCUGGCCACUGUAACCACCUUGAGGAAACCUAACACAUUCUGUCUUUGAUUAUUAAAAAAGCAUAUGCAGGAUAAAAAUGAAAAUUGCUCUACUUUGUGUAUUGGUGACUCAGACAGAACGAAACAAGAUAAAAUUUGCAAGUGAUUAAUAAUUCUUUAGCCUGACUGCAGUAGAACUGAAGAGCUACGUUGUUGCAAGGUGCUUGCUCAGCAGCCUUGCUUGUGCUGGGGCCCUGUACCCUCCGGAACUAGGCAGGGGUGAGCUCUUGUAUUCCAAAACAUUGCCGUGGCUGUGCAUGAAGGCUAUUCAGAACAGCAGCCAGGAUCCUCCAUCCCAAAUGGGCCACCUUGGCUUGCAUCCCUUUGCUGGUCUCUUGUCUACAGUGUUGCAUCGAGGCUACUGCUGGUCAGCAUCCCUGGCCCAAGACAGUGGCUUCUUCCCUGACUGAGCAGCCACCUCACCCACCCCAAGCUCGCACUCUAUAUGAAUGGUGACAGACUUUGCUUUUCCCAAAGGCCCUGGCACUUUGCACUAUUCUGAGACAGCUUUUGCCCCAACGCACCUGUCUUUCUUAACUUCCUCUCAGGCUCCCCAGAUUGUCCUUUGUGUGCUUACUAGACUGGCACUGAUUCCCAUGCACAUGCUGCACCAGGGAAGAGAUGUCUCCUUAAUGCCAUUCUGGAUGAUCUCUUCUCUUCCCCACAGCAACAUGGCAGAGCCUUAGUGGCCACAGCUGGAGUUGACCUCUUGUGGCAGCAACUGCAGCCUUCCGUGGCCACUGAGACUCAGUCUCCCUCAGUUCGGCUGGACAGUCGCAUAUCACUCUGGGCAAGUACUUUUGUGUCCUACUGGUUGACAGUUAGUUCAGGGGAUUUCAAGUCCCACGACCAGGUUGCAAAUAGAGCUGCAAAUUGGGCACUGCUCCAUCUGGGGCUACUAGAGCAAUAAGCUAUUUCUCUGUUGUGACACUACAGCGGGUCCCCUUUCCCAGCCCUAGUAAACAUUUGGGAAGGGCUCCCUAAUAUGCAAUACUGUGGAACUGGCAGCUGCCUAGCAGUUCUCUUGGCCAUGCCGCGCAUGGGGGCUGCUGAAGUGUAGGAAGAGGUGAACUGGGGCAUUCUCUAGAUACCUCUUCCACUUUGAGGGUGUCCCCUCCCUCAUUGCCAGCUGUUUCUGUGACCCCGGCCUGCAAGAGCAAACAAGCCCCGCAUCAGUCCAGAAAUGUCCUUUGAGUCUGACCCAGUGGCUAGUUGCAGAGAAAACUCUGUAUCAAAAUAUAUGGAGGAAGGAAACAAAGCAAACAGUUAGCCCCCACACCUCGUUCUUCCCCCCCUUACAUAGCACCUUAGUUUGUGGGGUGGAAGUCACCUUCCUGCAUGGAGCUGGCAUGGGGUGAGCAUGCAGCAGCCCUACAGUGAGCAACUCUUAUCUUCACUCUGUAACCAACUGCAUCCCCUUAUCUAAAGCCUUAGGCCUAGCCCAAACAGUUUUCUCCUACCUGAUCUCUAAUGAAGCAUUACCCGUCUAAGGAGGAUAAUUAUUUUGUUGUGCUUUUUUGUACCUGUUUUAAAUAAAUCAAUUUGUACUGUAUAUUUGUAUUUUGGGUGAGAUCCUUUUUCCUGUUUUACCAUAUAAGUCUCUGUACACACAGAUUGUAUUUUUAUUGUUAAUGCUCUCAUGAAUACUGAAUUUAACUUGUUGACUUAUGUAAACAGUAUAUAUACAUAUAUCUAUAUCUAUAUAUCUAUAUAAUUAUAAACCAAUAGCUUUUCC